CUGUUCUCCGAUUCUUUCUCGGGAAGUCCAAACCCACCCACUACCCUCACCACUCUCGUCAUCUCUAACCAGCAGAAGCCUCACCUCCAGAUUAUCAAUGGCGGCUCCAUUUUUAACACUGUCAAAUGUGGGUACGCUUCCGCGUCCAACAAGCCUAUCCAAGAACAGUAUUCCAAUCCCUACGUGUAAUGCUGUGAGGGUUUCAGGAAAAUUUCCCAUUUCGAAGAUUUCAUGGUCUUCAAGCUCCUUCUCUCGCUGUCUGCGUCUCGCUCCUCUCACUUCUUCUUCCAGAAAUUCCCGUCUUCUUUGCGUCCGAGCAAGUGCAGAGGUUGCAGAUUUACAGUCGAAAGUAACCAAUAAAGUGUUUCUGGAUAUCGGCAUUGGGAAUCCAGUGGGUAAGCUUGUUGGGAGGAUUGUGAUAGGAUUGUAUGGUGAUGAUGUACCACAGACGGCUGAGAACUUCCGUGCACUAUGUACAGGGGAAAAGGGCUUUGGAUAUAAAGGUUCCACGUUCCAUCGUGUCAUCAAAGAUUUCAUGAUUCAAGGAGGGGAUUUUGAUAAAGGAAACGGGACUGGAGGCAAAAGUAUAUAUGGCCGUACAUUCAAAGAUGAAAAUUUUAAAUUAUCCCAUAUUGGACCAGGAGUGAUUAGUAUGGCAAAUGCUGGCCCCAACACCAAUGGGAGUCAGUUUUUCAUCUGCACUGUGAAGACACCAUGGCUGGAUGGAAGGCAUGUUGUGUUUGGGCAAGUUUUGGAAGGCAUGGACAUAGUCAAGCUCAUUGAAUCCCAAGAGACAGAUAGAGGUGACCGUCCUAGGAAGAAGGUAACCAUCAUUGACUCUGGUGAGCUUCCAGUGUCUGAAGCUUGAUUCUAUUUGCUUCAUUUUAAACUCCAGAACAGUUUUCUCAGUUUAACAAGAUCCGACGAGUUCAGUUCUUCAGAUCACUUUGUAAUAAGUUGGGGACAUUACAGCUAACUGAUGAAAGCAUUGAAAUGUAUUUCAAAAUCUCAUCGUGGAUUAGACCAUUGGAUUGCAAUCCCUGAAAUUUGAGAGUGAAGAGAAAUAAACAACCCGGGUCAAGUUGUGGGGUUUUUUUUUUUUUUUUUCCUUUUUUGGUAGUUACUGUCUUGGUGUCCUU